AUGAUUCCCCCAAUUGACUCUCUGCUCAAGUAUGAUACCCCGGUACUAGUGAGCCGGAAUACAGAGAAGCGGAGCCCUAAGGCCCGUGCCCUGAAGGUCAGCCCCCAGCAGCCACUGACUACAGGGCCAAUCCCACAGCCUCCCAAAGGCAAGGUCAUCCCUUCUACUUCUGCUGCCCCAGACCCCGCCAAGCAGGCUGAAGAGAUCCUGAAUUCCAUUUUGCCUCCCAGAGAAUGGGUAGAAGACACUCAGCUAUGGAUCCAGCAGGUGUCCAGCACACCCAGCACAAGGAUGGAUGUGGUGCAUCUCCAGGAGCAGCUGGACUUGAAGUUGCAGCAGCGGCAAGCUCGAGAGACUGGAAUCUGCCCAGUGCGCAGGGAACUGUAUUCACAGUGCUUCGAUGAGCUGAUCAGAGAAGUGACCAUAAAUUGUGCGGAGCGAGGCUUGCUGCUGCUGCGUGUCCGGGAUGAGAUCCGAAUGACCAUUGCAGCCUACCAGACCCUGUAUGAGAGCAGUGUGGCUUUUGGCAUGAGGAAGGCCCUGCAAGCGGAGCAAGGGAAGUCCGACAUGGAGAGGAAAAUUUCAGAAUUGGAAACAGAGAAGAAAGAUUUGGAAAGGCAAGUGAAUGAGCAGAAGGCGAAGUGUGAGGCCACUGAGAAGCGGGAGAUUGAGAGGAGGCAGGUUGAAGAGAAGAAACACAACGAAGAGAUUCAGUUCCUAAAGCGGACCAAUCAGCAACUGAAGGCCCAACUAGAAGGCAUCAUUGCACCGAAGAAAUGA